AAUUGUGGGUUUUUUAUGUAGUUUUAAACAAGGAUUCGUAUUUCUAUUAUUUUGGGUGAUUGAAUUUUGGUGCGAUAUAAUGGAUUUCUGGCCAGAGUUUCUUGCAAAUAGCUGGGGAAAAGAAUUUGUUGCCGGAGGUUUCGGUGGCAUGGCCGGCAUCGUCUCCGGUUAUCCGCUCGACACCCUUAGAAUCCGGCAACAAAGCACGGAUUCGGGCUCGGCCUUUAGCAUCCUACGUCGGGUUGUUGCCAGGGAAGGACCUGGUGCACUCUAUAGAGGCAUGGCUGCACCAUUGGCGUCGGUCACCUUUCAGAAUGCUAUGGUUUUCCAGAUAUAUGCCAUUCUUUCACGAGCAUUCGACUCGUCUGCUUCCGCCACCGAUCCACCUUCCUACAAAGGUGUUGCACUAGGAGGAGUCGGAACUGGGGCCUUACAGAGCAUCAUGCUUGCUCCGGUGGAACUAGUAAAAAUCCGCCUGCAAUUGCAGAACACAAGUUUUCCAGGUUCUCAAUCAGCUGGUGCUCAUAAAGGGCCAAUUAGUGUUGCUAAAACCAUACUAAAAACAGAAGGCCUGAGGGGACUAUACAGGGGUUUUACCAUCACUGCCCUUCGAGAUGCACCGUCUCAUGGCUUCUACUUCUGGACGUACGAGUAUAUGCGAGAACAGCUUCAUCCGGGGUGCAGAAAGAGAGGCCAAGAAACCCUCAGAACAAUGCUGACAGCAGGAGGUUUAGCAGGGGUUGCUAGCUGGGUUUGCUGCUAUCCCUUGGAUGUUGUAAAGACUAGGCUGCAGGCUCAGUCACUGGCCUCUCCACAGAAGUACAACGGCAUCAUUGAUUGUCUCCAAAAAAGUGUAAAUCAGGAAGGAUAUAGCAUUCUGUGGAGAGGAUUAGGGACUGCCGUUGCUCGAGCUUUUGUAGUCAAUGGGGCUAUAUUUUCUGCUUAUGAGAUUGCAUUGAGGUGCUUAUUCAACAAUGGAAACAUUCAGACUGAUAACACAAUCUAGAAUAAACUUGGUUUUACUA